GGGUCGAAAGGACAAGGAAGUAUAGUGAAGGGCACGUACCCUUAUUUCCUUUUCCCCUCUGCUUCUUUGCUCUCUUCAACAGUCGGUAAAGCUUUCAGAAUUUUCUAUAUAAAGCACUACCAUGAGAAAUAUCUGGGGCACAGCAUAUAGCUAUUUAUUUGGUCAGUUAUUAAGUUCUGUCAUCUUUUUGCAAGCUCAGAUCUUCUACUUCAGUAUAAUAUGUCGAGUAUAAGCGUUCCUUCGUCUUCCUUGCUCAAGGUUACACCAUCAAUAAGAUCCUCCACCUUUACUAAACCUCGAUGCUCGUUAGGUUCUGUAAAGAGUAUUUCCAAAGCAUUUGGCUUAAAGUCCUCAUCCUCGUUCAAAGUCAGUGCAAUGGCAGCAUACAAGGUGAAGCUGAUAGGGCCUGAUGGUGACGAGAAUGAAUUUGAAGUGUCCGAUGAUCAAUACAUCCUCGAUGCAGCAGAGGAAGCGGGAAUGGAGCUGCCUUACUCUUGCAGGGCCGGCUCUUGCUGUACUUGUGCAGGACAGUUGGUUUCGGGUUCAGUAGACCAAUCUGAAGGUGCAUUCCUCGACGAUGAUCAGAUGGAGAAGGGUUAUUUGCUGACAUGUAUUUCGUACCCAAAAUCUGACUGUGUUAUAUACACGCACAAGGAAGAAGAAGUUCAUUGAAUUUUGUUGAUGUGUUCAUUCUGUUUUUAAGGCAACUCAAGAGUAUUAGAGAGCCUUUUUCCAGGAAAGGAGAAUAGGAAAAUAAGAAAACCAUUAAGAAACAGGGUUAUUCUGCAUCCAGUCAUCCAGAUAGUUAUGUUUGUGUCUGGUUUGUGGCAUAACUUAUGUCUCCAUUUUGAUCA